AUGGCUACUCGUCGAGGCGUCGGACUUGGCGCCUUUGCCAACCGGACUCAAGCCAGCCAGUUCUUUGCUAGCCAUGGCGCCACCCUGCGCUCCUCCCACCUCUCCUCGUUGCAGACGCAGCUGUCUGUAUUCCAGUCGUUGCUCCACACCUUCGCGCUGGAACACAGCUCUACGAUCAAGUCGAAUCCGACGUUUCGAGCGGAGUUUGCCCGUAUGUGCAAUGCGAUUGGGGUCGACCCCCUUGCAGCGAGCAAUGUCAAAGGCAAGAACGCGCGGAAAGGAUUAGGCGAGAUUGGCAGCUUCUGGACUCAGAUCAUGGGUGGAGACAUGAAUGACUUCUACUUCGAAGUCGCUGUCCGAGUGGUGGAACUUUGCCGAGCAACCCGAAGCGAGAACGGCGGCUUGAUCGGGGUGGAGGAAUGCCGGAAAAGAGUAGGCAAAGGCAAGGCUAUUGGCAGUGGACUAGAAGUUACAGAUGACGAUGUUCUUCGGGCUGUUAAGAGUCUCGAGCCGCUUGGCUCGGGGUUCUCGAUUAUUCGAGUUGGAAGCAAGCAAUAUAUUCGAUCGAUCCCAAAGGAGCUGAAUACAGAUCAGGCCACAGUGCUUGAGGUUAUCCAGAUUCUGGGUUACGUGAGCAUAUCGAUGUUGCAAGUAAACCUUAACUGGGAAAAGGCUCGAUCGCAGACCGUUAUUGAUGAUCUUCUAGCAGAUGGUCUGGUCUGGAUAGAUGCUCAAGCGGAAGAAAACGAAUACUGGUCCCCUCAAAACCUACUAGAUGACAGUGGUUGA